ACAGCCACUGACACGCCGGCAGCACAAUGAUGAUGUCACUGCUUCUACUGCUGGCCACCCUGGGGCUCCUUGUUCAGGAUUCAACAGGACAAGUCACAGUGACUCAGUCUCCUGGAGCUCAGUCUGUUGCUCCAGGACAGACUGUUUCUAUCAGAUGUAAAGUCAGCCCAAGUACGAGUUACUGCUUCCAAUGGUACCUUCAGAAAACUGGAGAAGCUCCUACACUCCUUAUUAGAUGUGGCUCAACUCGACAUUCUGGAGUUUCAAAUCGUUUCAGUGGGUCAGGCUCUGGGAAUGAUUACACUCUGACCAUCAGUGGAGUUCAAGCUGAAGAUGCAGCAGUUUACUACUGUCAGAGUGAUCAUAGCAUCAACAGUCAGUCGGUGUUCACACACCUCAUCAAAAACAUGACUUUGACCUGCGUCCUCAUCUGGACUCUCCUCUGCUGCUGCUUCACAGAGUCCAGAGGUCAGUACACAGUGACUCAGCCUGCAGCAGUGAGCUCUGCUCUGGGAGGCUCCGUCACCAUCAACUGUAGGAUCAGUCAGAAUAUUUAUUCAAGCUGGUUAGCCUGGUACCAACAGAGAGAUGGAGAAAGUCCUAAACUUCUCAUUUACUAUAUUAGCACUCGAGCAUCAGGGAUUCCAGGUCGUUUUACAGGCAGUGGAUCAAACUCUGCCUUCACUCUGACCAUCAGUGGAGUUCAGGCUGAAGAUGCAGCAGUUUACUACUGUAAGAGUGGUCACUAUCCCAAUAGCCAGUAUGUGUUCACACAGUGA